CAAUUUCACCUCACAUUGAGUCAAUUCGUCUGUUUAGGCCCUCCGACUGAAAAUCAUUUCUGGGUGCAGAAGAAGUUGCUGCAAUUCAAAGUUUAGUCCUCUUUGCACUUGUGUUUAAAAAAUCCUAAGUGAAGAAAUGAAAGUAAUUCUUGGACUGCUCAUCCUCAUUUCCCUGUACAAGGAUUCCGUGGAAGGUUCCUGCCUCAGUUAUGGACACUCCUGCUGGGGAGCUCACGGAAAGAGAAGCUCUUCCAGAGUCUUACCGCGGCCUCCGCCACACAUCAAUUUACCCACGCGUUGGGCGUUGCUGAAAAUAAUUCCGGACAAGAACCUGUUAGAGAUGAAGGCGAAGAUGCAAGGAAACGCUUUGGAGAGCUUGAAUGACUCAAGAUUCUUCAGAUCUCUGGGCACAGCGGAUUCUCUGGACAAGACUGAAGAGAGCGAAUCCUUCACACCCUCAGAAGACACCUUUGAUGAUCGCCAGAACUCGAAUGCCAACUUGAAGAAGCUCUUCUUCAGCAGAGACUCGAGGGAGUCUGAAGAUCUGCCCAGCAACGACAUGGACAAUGACAUGGCCAACAAUGUUCCUAAGACUUCGAAAUUCUACAAAUUCAUGCAGGAUCCUGACUCUUCCAAAAUGUACGCCUAAACGCGAGAAUGUCCAAAAGUCAAGAAAAACGAUAAUCAUCCUAAUCCCUUCACCGCUGAGCCCAUAACAUGAAUCGUAUUCAAGGAGCAACGUUAAUUAUACCAUAAGACGACUCUCUUUCUCUAUGAUCAACUCUCCAUGUUGAAAGUCAGUCAGCAGCUGAUGAUGUAUAUGAAUGUAAAAAAGUAUUAGAUUAUCACGGAAAUUAUGAGAAAGUGUUUCACCUCCUGAUAAGCGUGGCUGGUAUUAUCAUCACGGUGAAACGCCACAAGUAUUCUGUUAACAAAGAGUAGUCAAAUCUACUUUAGAUUGUUUAUUGAUAAAGUAAUAGUUCUUCCUAUGUAUAUUUAAUAAAAUAAGUAAGACACUACAUUCUGUAUAAUUCUUUCACUGCACUUUAUUUCUGCUGAUUUUCUCUUAUCAUUUAAUCUCAUGUAUAAUAAAUCCUUACGAUUGCAGCAA